AUGCCGAUUUCGGCCAAGUUUCCCGAUGAAGAAAGGACGAGACACGCUUCUGCAAACAAUUCCAACGUCUUCUUCGCUCAUUUCGGUCCGGCUCCCGUCGAAGUAACGCCAGAGAACUUUCAUCAGGUUCCUUAUCAAAAUCCGACUUUUUUUCAAUUUCGAGCUCCAGGUGGAACUCAACAAGACACUCUGGGUCAUUCCGAACUGCUAUGGAAAGCUUUUGCCGUUGGGAGAAGGUGCAUAUGGAGUGGUUUGGUGAGAAUUCGGUCCGGAAAUCGUUGAUAACUUCUGACGAUACAGCACUGCGGAGUACGCUCUCAACACUGAAAGAGUGGCCAUCAAAAAGUUCUUCCGGCCCUUCCAGAGCACGAUCCACGCCAAAAGAACAUACAGGCUCGUUGUGUUCUUGGAGAUGAUCCUACUUGCUGGCCUUGCAGGGAACUGAAGCUCUUGAGAACGCUGAGUCAUGACAACGUUCUGGAGAUGAUCGACGUCUUCACUCCCGACCAGUCUGCCCUCUCUCUCAACCAUGUGUACGCCCUCCCAAAUUAUAUUUUUUGAACUGGAGCUCGACUUCCAGGUAUUUCGUGUCUGUGCUCAUGGGAUCCGACCUCCAGAACAUUUUGAAAAUUCAACGGCUCACGGACGAGCAGAUUCAACUCCUCAUUUAUCAAGUUCUCCGGGGGCUCAAGGUUUGCGAUGUUUCAAUAUUUUAAAGCUGUUAUACUAUCUAGGAAAUAAUGGUUUUCACUCAAUUCUUUUAAAGCAUACAUUUAGUUAUGAAACUUUCUUAUCUUUUUCCAAAUGACUUCUGAGUUCCAUUCAAGCUGGGAUUUUUGGAAUUUUUUGACAUAUUUUGCAAAGAUUCCCAGAGCUCCUCAAAAUCUUCGUUUUAUCUCUUGAUUUAUCGUAGCCAAAUCUUCUUGGAUCCCACUCUAAAUAAUCACGGAGCGAAUUCGAUGAAAAGAGUGACGUCAUCGGGUCGCCUUCUCCCUCGAUAAUCCUCCUUUUUCUCUUCUCUUGCCGUCCGCAGUGAACUUCCUCAUUGCCUUUUUUGCGGUUUUUUGCUCUUUUCGAUGUUUUUUUCAUUCAUGUUCUCAACGGUUCACUGUUGACCGGCAAAAUUUAUCAGAGAUUUUGAUUCGUUUUCAACUAUUUCGAAAAAUGUUAGAAUAAGAAAAAAGUUUUCUAAGAGUUUCAUUUUUUUUUUGUAUCUUUUGAGUAUUGCGGUAAAAUUAAAUUCAUGGCAUUUUUAGUUUUUUUUUUCGAAUUAAUUUCUUCGCAAUUUCUCCAAGACGUUAUUCUUGGAGACCGCGAAUAAUUGCUUUGGCGUCGCAAAACAAAAAGAAGAUGGAGAAGUUUCCUUUUUUUCCGAGCAUAACAAAUUAAUAUUGUCCACAACAUUCGAACGAAACAUUUUAAUCAUUAUUUUUCAAUGUCUUCCAUUUUCUCUCAUUUUUUCUUUUGAAUUUCUCAGAUGUUUUUUUCCCCGAUCUAAAAAUCCUAGAUUCUAAUUUUUUUGUUUUAUAACCUUUAUUUUUUUCGAAAAAAAGUAGUGGGAUGAGGAAGCUCUUAUUUUUUUAUUGUAAUCACUGAACUUUUUUUAAUUUUUUUGGUUUCUUCUUUUUUUAAAAUUCUUUCAGUUGGAUCAAAAGCAAAUUAACAAAACGACAUAAAAAAAGUUAAUUUAUGAACUUUUUUUCUGAGUUAGCACAUUUUUUUCAAUUUCUUCGUUUAUUGAAGUUGAUUUAUCAUUUAAAUCUUAAUUUAUGAACUUCUUUUUUGUAAAUUAUCAUGAAGUUAAUUUGAAAUGUCCAUUUUUGGCCUGCCAACAUAUUUUUCGAGGCUUCUUUUUCCGGUUGUGGACUUGCCGCAGAAGGUGGCCACUCUUACGUAUGAUCUCUGGUCAUUGAAACUUCUUGUUUUCUUUCCGAACUCCCUUGUCGUCUGCAGCGAUUUCCGUCCUCUGCGCCUGAAAGUACGGCUUAGAUUUUCUCAUGUUAAGCUCCGUCCGUUUUAAAAAAAAAAUUUCUGUUGUAUAUCGAUUUUAUUAAAUAUAAUAGAACUGUAGACUCCUUCUGUUGGCUACUUAAAACUGUUUUUCGAAUCAAACGGGCAACAAGCAAAACGCGUGUUUUUAAAAAACCCUAGCAAUGAAGUUUUAACAGAACAUCUCUCUUGGAUACUUUCAGAAAUGUGAACCUUCUGAAAUUUUGAGGUUAGGAGUUUGAGAAAAUUAUAUCUUACUCAUCAUUGAAAAAUUUACUAUAUAUCGGAAAAUACGAAUUUCAUAAUUAUUUAAUAAAAUAAUAUUGUAUAGAAGGCGUUUAUGUUUGUGAUACAUCUCUACUCUUAACUUUUUUCUUAGUUUUUUAUUUGCUCAUGUAUUUUUCUAUAGAGAAACUGUUCAAGAUGAGCUUCUUGUGAGAUUUGCAGCUUCACUUAGAUUUCCUUCGAAAAGUCCGAAACGUCUCUGGAAUCAAGUAAUAUAACUGAAGCGACCUCUGUUCUGUUGGUCUUGCGUUUUCUCCAUCCGACGUCCUCUCUUAAUCUCGCGUUUCUUUGCUUUUCUUUCCGUCUCUCCACUCUCCGAUUUUCUUUCUCUCUCUUCAAUGCCGUCGAUGUUCAACGACCAAACUUUUUGGUCUAUUUCUGAUGUUAUACGACAACAUUGGCAAACUUUCCUUUUUAACCAAAUUCAAAUAUUGUUGUCCGCCCAUGAAAAGCUGUUCUUUGUUCAUUUAUUUUUCCCACUCUCAAUUCAUCUCUUUUCCAUUUUUCCCAAGCUUUUGAUCUCUUUAAUUUUCAUCAUUUUUUUACGGUUUUGGAUAUAUUUCUCAGAAAAAGCUUUAUUAUUACAGUAUAUUCACUCGGCUGGGAUCAUUCAUCGUGAUUUGAAACCUUCAAAUAUUGCCGUCAACGAAAAAUGCGAAGUCAAGGUUGGUUAGAAAGUUUUUGAAUUUUAAUUUCAAAUCAUUUGUAUUAAUUACGUUAACGUAGUCGUUUAAUUGAAUUAUUCAUGAAAAAGGUCUUAAAGUGGUCGAAGAUGAUAGAAAUGGAACUUUUUUAGCUUAUAAAAAACUUUGUAUUAUUUUGAUUUUCUGUUUAUUGUUUCUGAAAAAGCGGACGUUAAGCAGAAUUUUUUUUUGAUAGAAGUAUUAAAUUUCAAAAGUUCUUUCGUUCUUUACAAAGGCGAUAGGAAUAAAGUUUUUUAUUUCAUAAUAAUUAUCGCUAUUUCACAAUUUUCUCCUAAAGUCCGGCUUUUUUUUUUGAAUGCGAACUGGCUCUUUAUUACACUCUUUCAUAAUCCUUACUGAAGACGGAUUUAAUUUGCUGCCAUUUUUCAACUAAACUUCCAUCUCGGUUUCCAGGACAUAAUUCUGUUCAGAUCCUGGAUUUUGGCUUGGCUCGGCAAGCAGACGUCGAAAUGACUGGAUACGUGGCCACUCGAUGGUACCGUGCUCCGGAAAUCAUGCUCAACUGGAUGCACUACACUCAGACCGGUACUUUCUCGUUUAAAUAUCCUCACCAUCUUAUAAGUUCUCUCUAAUUAAAAAAAUGCAUUUUAUAUACUUUUUGCCUACCUUGUAUCCAAAUUUUGAGAGACUUCAAGAAUAAUGUAUAAUCAACAGAUUCUUCUUUUGGCUGCAUUGGAAUUUAGUUUGUUAAUGUAUUUAAAGAAGGAUCAAAAGUGAUGAAAGAGUGUUUUGCAGUGGAUGUUUGGUCGGUGGGCUGUAUUCUGGGCGAGUUGGUGAGCGGUCGAGCCAUGUUCCCUGGAGAUGACCGUACGCUUCUCCCAAGAUUUCCUUGAAGUUUACCUGAGUUCUCUUUUCAGACAUUGAUCAAUUGACGCGAAUCAUGACUUCUUGUGGUACCCCAAACGAAGAUUUUUGUGCCAAAAUACAGUCAGAAGAGGCCAGAAAUUACAUAAGGUUGAUCUCCCACAGAAACUCACUUCAACUCAACUGAUUGCUCAGAAAUCGGCCUUUUUCGCCUCCGCGUUGA